CCCGGAGGUGCGGAACGCGGCUGUGAUCCGCGUAUAUACGUUCCACGAUUCUUCGUGGGGGCGCACGAUAUUCGGUCGUCCGGACGUCUCCGACGUAACCGACGUCAGUACGCCCCGCGCCACCGUAGAAAGCGUUCGUCGUUUCGACGCCCCGUAGAUUAGUGAGAGCGCGGAAAAAAGAAAAAAAAAAAAAAAAAUAGUUAUCGCGCGCGGCUACGUUUCGCCGGUAGACUUUUCGCCCAACGGACUUCCCUCGGCGUUCGUCGUUCUUCGCCGAGCACACGAAAUUCGCGGAUCAACGAAUCCAGGUGCUCGUCGUGACAUGCACGACCGCGCGUCGUCCCGCCGUUGUUUCAACGGAGAUAACGAACGAUGACGAAAAUUUACGCCGAUAUUCGACGAAUCGAGAUGAGAUUCUAGUUGAUCCCCGAACGUUCGUCGACCCCGUCGCAGACCGAAAUCGCUGUCGUUACAUACGAAAAACGAUCGUCGAAUCACCGAAGACCAGCAGGUCUGAUGUACGUGCUUCGCGAAUCGGGAAGUGAAAAAUAUAUCGAAAAAAUUCGAGAACUCAAAGAGAGUUGAUCGUCCGAGUUCAACCGAGUUUAUCCUAGACAAUGUUUUUCAUUCAUCUGUACGUAUUAGAAAUGAUCGGGCGAAAUAGUUUUUAUUGAACAACGAACGGAUCGCACGUAUUGAGACUUGAUUGGCGAGGGGAAUAAAAUUUGAAGAAUUUCUCGGUGCCAUGACGAAUAAAUUUGGAGUCCCGGAGCAAGGACUAGUGGGAAUCACGAAUCCCCCGAUAUUCGUUUGAAGAAAGCUUGCGCUACGGAGUCGGGAAUGACUGUAAUCUCGCUCGUUGUUCUCCCGUCUCUUCGACUGCGUUCGAAAAUUUUCUAAAUAAAAAGACAGGCUAAUGGACUCCGGAAAUACCGGGCGCAAUGUCAGCGUCAGCUUAUUCUGAGAGUUGACAGUUUUUUAAUGCGGGAAAAAGUAACGAACGCAGUGCGCCUGAAACACGGAUUCUAAGAAGAAACUUACCACCCUAGUCUCGCCAGUGCAGUGCAACAAGAAAAACGAGAAACAAACAAAAAUAACAGAAAACAACUGUGACGACGAAACGCUCCGUACUCCGACUUCCAUCGUCCUCGGAGAUCAGGUGAAAGGAUCCGACAGAAUGUUCCGCGUAGCCUCCGUUUAGAGGUGACGGCGGAUCGAUUCAGGACGAAGUACGCGGUUUUUUUAACUCGGGACUUUCGUCCCUGUUGGGGUGGGGCGAAGGACGGGGGCCCCUCGGGUCAGGGGCGAUUCAGGGCCCGUGGGAUGGUCUCAGGGUGGUGCCCCUGCGUGCCUCUCGGGCGUCGGCAAUUGCCGCCCCCGCAGAACUCGAGUAUCAACAACGGCAGCGGAGGUGGGCCUUUCACCGUCAGCGCGGCGACGGACCAUUCCGAAAUGGUGCAGAUGUUCUACUACGAGAACAGAGGGAAAUGCUGCAAGAAACUACUGCGAUACAACGGAUAUCCGAACAAGGUCCUAUUAUUCCCGGAGGAGGGUUGGGCGAGGAGCGCCAGCAGUUCCUACUGGACCCUGACGCCCUUUUGGUGGAGCAGAAAUCGAUGCAAAGUUGUCGAAGUUGCCGGAACAAGAAGAUACAGUACUCAGGCUAAAAUGGUGGACACCGGUACGGGGACGUUGUACAUUAUGGGUUCGUUCAAAAGGAUGACAACGGACCCAGAUUUCAAGUUGUACCUCACGUCGAAUGUUUCGUCGAGUGAUUUCAACAUGGGAUACAGUAUGACGGGAACCCUGGAACGUGGCUGUAAAAAAACCAACUCGUUUCAAAUGACACAUUUCGCCGUAAUUCGAAGACGUGAUUACGAAAAGGCUUACGAAGACACGACGCACAAUACCUAGUGUCCAGCUUCACCCACAUCGUCGGACUGUGGGGAUUACGAACGCUAUACGUACUAAUAAGGUGUGCCCCUCGAUAAACGGGAGAAAAUACGAACCACGAGAAAAACUGAAUUGAAAAAAAAAUAAAUUAAAACUAACAAAAAAAAAUCAACAAAUUAAAUAACAAACAUAUUUUUGUUUAAUUAUUUUUUGACGUAUAAUAAUAUAUAUAGUUGUAUAAUAUUAUAC